CUCUCUCUCUCUCUCUCUAUACUGCUUUCUCUCUCUCUACUCUCUCCUCUUGAGCAACUCUUCUUCGUUUCUCCACAGUCGCGCAAUAAAGGAAACACCUUUACAGAGGAUAGAAAGACAGCAAAACGACGCCGUUUGGAACAUCCGGCGGCUGUUUAAGUCCCCUCGUUUCGAACACGCACAGUCCUUUAGGUCUUCCGGCCAAUUUUCAGGAAAUUCGCUGCGUUUUUCUUGAUCGCUGGAACAAAACCUUUUUGAUUUGUUUUCUGCUUUAGGAUGGUGGAUUGAUUUUUGAUUCCCCUAUUCCGAAAGAGAAGGGCCUUUUUGGAGGGAAGGGCGCCGUUUAUGGGGAAGGUCGGGGCAGCGUUGGCGGCGGGAUGUGCGGCGGCGGCGUGCGUGGUGGCGGCUGUGAUGGUGGGGAGGAGGGUGAGGCGGAGGAGGGGGUGGAAGCGGGUUCUGAGGGUGCUGGAGGAGCUGGAGGAGGGAUGCGCCACUCCUGUGGGGCGGCUGCGGCAGGUUGUUGAUGCAAUGGCGGUUGAGAUGCACGCGGGCUUGGCUUCCGAAGGCGGGUCCAAGCUUAAGAUGCUUCUCACCUAUAUCUACAACCUCCCUACAGGAAAAGAAGAGGGGACUUAUUUUGGUCUAGAUCUCGGCGGUACCAAUUUCAGGGUCUUGCGAGUUAAGUUAGGUGGGCAAAGGUCAGCUAUCAUAGGUCAUGAUGUUGAACGACAGCCCAUCCCUGAGCAUUUGAUGACCGGGACAAGUGAGGAGCUUUUUGAUUUUAUAGCAACAUCUCUGAAGGAUUUUGUUGAAAGAGAAGAAAAUGCUUCAGAGGCGUCACAAGGGGAGAGAAGGGAUCUUGGUUUCACAUUUUCAUUCCCAGUAAAACAAACUUCACCGUCAUCAGGAACGCUAAUCAAAUGGACAAAAGGAUUCUCUAUUGAUGACAUGAUUGGUAGAGAUGUUGCUCAGUGCCUACAGGAAUCAAUAUCUCAAAAAGGCCUGGAUAUGCGAGUUGCCGCUCUUGUAAGAACACUGGUAAAUGAUACUGUGGGUACCUUGGCUCUUGGUCAUUAUCAUGAUGAAGACACUGUAGCUGCUGUGGUUUUUGGAACAGGCACUAAUGCCUGUUAUUUGGAGCGUGCAGAUGCCAUCAUUAAAUGCCAAGGUCUUCUUGCAUCUACUGGAAGCAUGGUGGUCAACAUGGAAUGGGGAAAUUUUUGGUCAUCUCACUUGCCUAGGACGUCUUAUGAUAUUGAUUUGGAUGCUGAAAGUCCUAACCCAAAUGAUCAGGGUUUUGAGAAAAUGAUAUCUGGAAUGUAUCUUGGAGACAUUGUGAGAAGAGUAAUUCUUCGGAUGUCUCAGGAGUCGGAUGUUUUUGGACCCGUGUCUUCCAAAUUAUAUGUUCCAUUCAUAUUAAGGACACCUAUGAUAGCUGCCAUGCACGAGGAUGAUUCCCCCGACUUGAUAGAGGUUGCCAGAGUAUUACAAGACACUCUCGAGAUAAACGAUGCUCCCCUCAACGUACGGAAGCUCGUGGUGAAGGUUUGUGACGUGGUGACACGCAGAGGCGCCAGGCUGGCAGCAGCUGGCAUAGUGGGCAUACUGAAGAAGAUGGGGCGGGAUGGUUACGGUGGGUACUCGGGCGGCAAAUCAAAACCCAAGAGCGAGAUUGCUAGGACAGUGGUGGCAGUCGAGGGAGGACUCUACUCCAACUACACAAUGUUCAGAGAGUAUCUGAAUGAGGCAUUGGCCCACAUACUCGGUGAUGAUGUGGCGGCUCGUGUCGUGAUCAACGUCACGGAGGAUGGGUCGGGAAUUGGGGCUGCCCUGCUGGCGGCAUCUCAUUCCUCCGGUGGCUCGGGUGGUGUACAGUUGUCGACGGUGGAUACAUAAAUUGAAUAUAUUUAUAUAUUAUAUAUAUAUACAUAUGCAUAUACUAUAGUCUCUGUAAAUUUGUAGAGAUUAUUAUAUGUGUGUUUGUGUGUUAUAUAAGAAAUGAUGUGUGUGCAAGAAGGGGUAAAAUUAAGUUUGUGCAUAUGUGUUAUCAUAGUAGGGCUUUGUUUGGUGGUCAUAGGGUUUAAAAGAAAAAGAAAAGUUUUCUCAAUGAUGUUUGAGAAUGAAUUCAGUUUAGGGUAUUGAAUUGCGGUGUUGAAUUGUCAAAUAUGAAUUAGACUUUCAAGUCUGUAAUAGGUAUAUUAGGUUAUAUAUGAAUUAAUUAUGGUCUGAAAACGUUUGGGUUCGAUUCUAUUGGUUCGUUUAUUUGUUAUGUAAUGACUAAUGAUGAUCCCUUUCGGCUUGUCUUUCCUUUGUAUUCUCAGGAUGUGUAUUGAUGGGCCAGGUACCAAUUUGAUUGGGCUGCUUUUUUUCGUAGGCCUAGCGGGAUCUGUUAAAAUACUUAUGAGAAAUUUAC